UCCAUCCAUUCAUCCAUCUAUCCAUCCAUCCAACCAUCCAUCCAUCCAACCAUCCAACCAUCCAUCCAACCAUCCAUCCAUCCAUCCAACCAUCCAACCAUUCAUCCAUCCAUCCAACCAUCCAACCAUCCAACCUCCAUCCAACCAUCCAACCAUCCAACCAUCCAUCCAUCCAUUCAUCCAUCCAUUCAACCAUCCAUUCAUCCA